AUCCUCUGCAGAGCAAAUCGUGGAGAAGGACGAGGGGCCGUAUUACACUCACCUGGGCUCGGGGCCCACCGUGGCAUCCAUCAGGGAGCUCAUGGAGGAGCGGUACGGCGAGAAGGGCAAGGCCAUCCGCAUCGAGAAGGUCAUCUACACGGGAAAGGAGGGGAAGAGCUCCCGGGGCUGCCCCAUCGCCAAGUGGGUGAUCCGAAGACACAACCAAGAGGAGAAGCUGCUGUGCCUGGUGCGGAGCUCACCGACACCCUCACCAAGUACGGCAACCCCACCAGCCGCCGCUGCGGCUUGCUGCCGUCGCCGUCGCUGGUGGCUGACGUUCCUCCACGGUGUCCCUCCCGCAGCCGGACCUGCGCGUGCCAAGGAAGAGCUGCUCCGGAAAAGCUUUCAGGACUUGGCCACCGAGGUUGCUCCACUUUACAAGAGGCUGGCGCCACAAGCCUACCAUUUAACCCACGUGCUUCACGCGGUGACAGACGAAGAGCUGCUCCGGAAAAGCUUUCAGGACUUGGCCACCGAGGUUGCUCCACUUUACAAGAGGCUGGCGCCACAAGCCUACCAAAACCAGGUUACCAACGAGGACGUAGCAAUAGACUGCCGGCUGGGCUUGAAGGAGGGGAGGCCGUUCUCGGGAGUGACGGCGUGCAUGGACUUCUGCGCCCACGCUCACAAAGAUCAGCAUAACCUCUACAACGGCUGCACGGUG